CUACAUUUAAAAUAUGGAAAAUCCAUAUAUUUUUAAUGAACUCACGUGUUUACGUAAUUGCAAUAUUAAAUAUGUAUAUUCACUAUUCUUUAGAAUUAAGAGGAUUUCGCACAAUAAUUAGGUUACUAUUCAUUUCAAAUAAGAAAUAAAGAAGUAUGAAGACACUAGUUAUCUUGAUUUAUAUUACUUGGAUUUUGUACUUAAAUUUCCCGCAAGUUGGUUCAUUGUCUCAAUCUCAAUAUCCAAUUAAACAUGAUCUAUUUCAAUCCAUUCUGAAAGCAAAUGAUAAUUUUAUUUAUUAUCAACAUCGUUUAAUAAUUGGGCAUAUUGUAACACUGCCAUGUGAAUAUGAGAGUAUGGACAACAAUAAUAAUAAUCGAAGAAUUCAUAAUCAAUCAGUAGUUUAUGAAUGGUUGUUCAAUGGUAGACAAUUAUCACCGCAUAGAGCAUUUUUUAAUGCAAACUGGGAUAUUCAUGGAUAUUUAACUAUAUGGGCUAUGAUAUCGAGGCAAACAACGUUAUGGUGUCAUAAACAAAUUAUCGAUAAUAAUAACCAGAUAAUUGAUAAUUAUUAUUAUUCACAUCAAAUUACUUUCAUUAAUUUAGCUAUAUUGAAUCAAAUUGUCGGUAUUAAAGUAGAUAUGAACAUGGAUAAAUAUGCAUUAUUGCAUAAAUGUCAAAUUGACAAUAACACAUGCGAUUGUCAAACAACAUUUGGUAUUAAUGUAACAUCCGAUAAAGAAAUGGCAAAAUCAAAACAUUAUAUUUUAGAGAAUUUAGAAGUACUCAGUCAAUCUAUAUGUCAGAACUUAACAUUUUGUAUAAAUUUUUAUUUAAAUGAUUUUCUAUGCAUGAAUAGUUUGAAUGAUUCACGUGCUACGCACUACACUGAAUUUACAUUUAUUUUGGACAAUUUUAGAAAAUAUACGGUAAAUUCGACAGGUACAUCCAUCGCAUUCGAGGCCUCUGAACUUUUUGAAGAGUUACAAUGGAAAUUAAAUGAUGAAUUACUGUCGAGGAAAAGUUAUUUAACUGAAAUAUUGAAAGAAAAAUUCUCAACUAAAUACAUAGAAGUUAUAAUUACACCGUAUUAUCGAUCUAUUCAUUAUUGUAUGGGUCCAUCAGGAAAGCUGCUUCCGGCACAUGGUGAAUGUGAUCUAUGCUCACCGGGGUCGUAUUACCCAAGUCGUAUUAUCGAUCCACCACCGCCAUCAAUUGAUGAAGAACUCUUGCCUUCUACUGCUAACCAAAUAAUAUUCACGGAUGGAUACAUCAGAUCUCAAUUUACCACUAGUGAUUAUGACCUAAUCAAAUGUCUUCCAUGUCCACAUAAUACAUAUUCUGAGGAAUAUGGUCAAUCAAGUUGUUUACCAUGUCCAUUUCAACACAGUAUACCAAUCGAUCGUGAUAGUGAUACACACCCGAUAAAUGGAAGUGAUUGGCUACACAUAGCAUGCACUAAAGAAGACAGAUCUGAACUACUUAUGAUACAAGUAAUUCAAAGAAUAUUAGGCAAGACAAUAGGUGAAUAUAUAAAAAAAACUUCACUCAUCAAACGUGCUGGAAUUCUAUGUUUUAUCAUUGCUUUGCCUGGUAUUAUCACUUUUUUAUUAAUAUUUAUUGCCUAUAUUUUGAUUGAUGUUGGAUCAACAUUGAAAGAAAUGGCUAAAACUUUACAUCCAUUGCAAAUACAAUUAGCUGAGAUCAGUACAGCAAAUGCACGUUUGGAUGUGCAAUUGAGUGAAGCAGCUGAAAGGACUUAUAGACAUGAAAAGUGAAUAAUUACCAAAACUUUGCAAAUUCAUUAAGACAGUAUUAGUUCUGAUUUGUUAUUAUUAUUAUUAUU